CGCCAGGCUGACGGCUCACCCGUCCUCGGCGCCCCGCCCCAAACCACACAAGCCGCACACCCGCAGGCCACACACACGGCUCUCGCGUCGCUUCCGCUCGCCGCCCUGCCGCGCCCAUGGCGAGCCCGUCGUCGCCGCGCCUCCUCUCCUCCUUCCUCGGCCACCGCCUCGCGCUAUCGGCCAGGCCCCUACUCCGCUCCGGCGCCCUAGGUAACAGGCGGGCGGCGUAUCAGGCGACGAGAACGCUAUGCAACUUGGUGGAUAUACUCUUCAACAGGAGAAGUCGGGGUGACACACUGGAAAAUAACCCUAGACCCCUACGUCCUGGGAAAGUAUCUCAACGUCUAAGUGUUCCCAAUCAUAUACAACGGCCUCCAUAUGUCAAUUCUCGUCAAAGACCUGGAGUGAACAAUGAACCUGAAAUACAUGAUGAGAAAGGGAUUGAGUGCAUGAGAGCUUCUGGAAAGCUUGCUGCACAGGUUUUGAAGUUUGCCGGGUCUCUUGUGAAGCCAGGCAUAACAACUGAUGAGAUUGAUAAAGCGGUGCACCAAAUGAUAAUCGAUAAUGGAGCAUAUCCUUCACCUCUUGGUUAUUGUGGAUACCCAAAGAGUGUCUGCACUUCAGUGAAUGAAUGCAUCUGUCAUGGGAUACCAGAUUCUCGUCCACUUGAGGAUGGCGAUAUUAUCAAUAUUGAUGUCACUGUCUUCCUCAACGGUUACCAUGGUGAUACAUCUGCUACAUUUUUCUGCGGUGAUGUUGAUGACGAAGCUAAGAAAUUAGUUCAGGUAACAAAAGAAUGUCUUGACAAGGCUAUAUCAAUCUGUGCACCUGGGGUGGAGAUCCAACGUAUUGGUAGAACUAUACAGGAUCAUGCAGACAAAUUCAAGUUUGGUGUAGUUCGACAUUUUGUCGGCCAUGGGGUAGGAAAAGUGUUUCAUGCUGAGCCUGUCGUGCUUCAUUUCCGUAACAAUGAAUGGGGCCGUAUGAUGUUGAACCAAACAUUUACUAUCGAGCCCAUGCUAACCGUGGGGAGCAUAAACCCUGUCAUUUGGUCUGAUGACUGGACGGCAGUGACGGAAGACGGCAGCUUGUCAGCACAGUUCGAGCACACUAUACUGAUCGGCGAAGAUGGCCCAGAAAUAUUGACACAGUGUUAACGGAAUGCCAGAUAACAAAGAAGAACAAUGAAUGAUCGGCUGGCGAGAUCCUGCAUUUUUUUGGACCAAUUGGUCCAACUCAAGCUCUGAUGCAAAAUGGCAAACUCACAUUGUAAUCUCGGUUAAUUGAUAUAAUGAUAUAUAGAAAUUCUACACUAUUUUGAGGUUAAA